AUGUCCUCCUCUCUCGCCGUCGCUCGACGUGCGGCCCUCCAAGCGAGGGCUGCUGUCCGUGUUAGGCACUAUGCAAACAUCACGGCCGCCGAAACACCUGCGCCCACUACUCCUGCACCGCUGACCACCACGCUGCCCGACGACGGCGACCCUCAACUCGGUGACUACCCUCGCCUGCCCUUCGUGUCCAAGCAGCAGCGCCCCGCGCGUGGAUGGGAGGACUUCCAGUUCAGGAGGAACUUUGGGGAGCCGCUCCACGAGCAAGAGGAGGUCCUCUCCGUGUGGGGUCCCGACGUCCCUGUUGUGCCCGGACCCACCGCGUUGCGCUGGUUCUCUAUCGCAGCCCUUGGCUUCGUGAGCUUUGGCGUCCUCGUCAACUAUGUCCAUCCUGAAAUCCCGGCCGUGCGCCGUGAGUACCCGUUCUCGGGACUCGUGUCCGAGCUCGGUAGCCUCGAGGCGAACAAGGCGAGGGAAGAGCCAGAUAAUGAGGCGGACGAGUAG